CUUAUGGCAGUGCAGGGCCAUCCGUCAUUACGGGUGAGACGCGCGGGGCAAGAGGUUGGCACUAUCGCCGUAAUUUUUUUUUCCAAAGACUCAUUUCGAACCGUUUCCCCUCCGUUUUCGAAGCACCCCCUCCUCCCUACUACCCCUUUCCCCUCCCCCUUACCCCCGUCCCACGCUAACUUCCCGUGUGUCAGUCAAGCUCUGUUAAUGACUCGAUAAGAAGCUCUAAUCCGGGGACUCGUAGCUGAUAAGGAGUGAGAGAUAUGUGAGCUCGAGGGGCGGCGCGUUUCAUCCCGAGGAGACGUUCGUUCGGCGGCGAAUCUUGAAGACGAGAGAAAGAGGAAGAGAGAGAAAGAAAGAGAAAGAAGGAGAGAGUUAUAAAAAAGAGAAAAAGAGAAAGGGAGAGUGAGAAGUAUAGAAGGACGAAAGAAGAAGAAGGAGAAGAAGAAGAUAAAGAAAAACAGAAAAGAAAAAAAGAAGUAGAAAAAAGAGAGAGGAAAGAGAAUUAGAAAAAAAAAAUCAUCAUCUCUAUCUCAGGGAACUUCUUUUCAGGGUAAAGAAAAAGGACAAGAGAAAGAGAUAAAACAAAAUGGGGGAGAAGAAAGAGGAAAUGAAGGAAGGGUCAAAGGAACCAGCGAAGGACGGAGUGAAGGAGAUGACAAAAUCCAGUUCAAGAGAGAGAAAGGAGAGCGGCAAAGAAAGGAGGGAGAGAAGGGACAGCGAAAGAGAGAAGAGGAGAGACAAGGAGAAGAAGACGGAAGUUGUCAUCAAGAAACAAGGCCUCGACUGGUUCUCCCUGUUCGCCCUCCUCGGCCUCGUGGGCGUGUGCGCCGCCCUCGUGGUCACUGUGCACAGACUCAACACGCAGAUUGCAGCCGAGAGGAAGGCCUUCAACGUGCAAAUCCAGGAACUAGAAGCCGAAGUAUCCGCCGCCCGCGCUGAGGUCACGGUGGCGGAGAGCGAGAAACUGGAAGCUCUCUCGAGGGUCACCGGCUUGGAGAAUCAGGUGUCUGAGGCCAAGGACCUCGCCAAGGAGUUCAAGGCGGAGCUAGACAAGACGAAGCAGGACCUCGAGGAAGCGAACAAGGAGAAGGACGACCUGGUACUGAAGUUAAACUCGUUGGAGCCUCAACUCAAGCGCCUCCAGGAAGAGCAGGACCUCCUCAGGAAAGCGAACAGCGACUUGAAGGAAGCCAAGGAGGGCCUCGAGACACACUCGAAGACCGUGAAAGAAACUCUGGUCAAAGCUACCCUUGACCUUGAAACAGCCAGCCAGGAGAACUUUGACCUCACUGGCAAAGUCGAGGCUCUGGAGCUCAAAGUCUCCGAGCUCCUGGAGCAGCUCUCCUCGUCCUUGUCUGAGCACAAGGACCUCGAAGCGACUCACCAAAGCCUCAAGGAGAGUCACCACAAGCUCGAGCAGAGUCGCCACGAACUCGCCAAGACGCACCAAGAACUCGACGAAAGCCACAGGGAAAUGGGCGAGAGCUUUCGAGAACUCCAGCAGGUACACGGAGCCCUCGAGGAGAGUCACGAGGCGCUCAGGAGGAGUCACGGGGAGCUCUCGAACAGCCACCAGGCGGACAAGGAGGCUUUGGCACUGACGAAGGCGCAAGUGGCCGACCUUUCCUCCCAGCUCGAAAGCUCACUGAAGAGUUUUAAGACCCUGAGCAAGAGCCAUGAGGAGCUCAAGCUGAGGGAGAUCGAGAUGAAGACUCUCGAGAAGGAACUAAAGUCCACGCUGGAGAGGUCAGUCGACGAAUUCUUAAUCUUUAAGGAGAAAUAUGAAGUCUUGAAGAAAAGGGAGAUCUUCAUGAAGACACAGGAAAAUGACCUCCAGGACGAGAUCGCGAGCCUCAAGGACGAGGUUAGAGUCCUGAAGGAGGGACGGAAGGAGCUCCAGAAGAAGGAGGUCUUCCUUCAGGACUCGCUCUCGACCCUCCGUGGCGAGCUCAAGGACUCCCAGGAACUCGUGGAGGAGAAGACCCGGAUCGAAGACGCCCUCAGGAGACGGACCAAGAAGCUGGAGGACGAGCGAACGUCCCUCACGCGCGACCUUGAGAAACUGAAGAGCCGUUCGGAGGAGCAGGCCGAGACGCUGAGGAAUCAGCAGGAGAGGAACCACGAGGCCUCCGAGCAGAUUCUCCAGCAAAAGCAGAAGCAGGCAGAGGCAGACGAACAGCUGAGCAGCCUAAAGGGAGAAGUGGGUCGCCUCAAGGAGCAGCUCAGCCAGAAGGAGGGCCACCUCAACGAAGUCAAGGAACAACUCGAAGGAAAAACAGCUGACGUCACUGAUCUCACGGCCCAAGUGCAGCGGACGGAGGUGGAGGCGGCUGCCGUGCGAGGCAUCCUGGAGAGCACGCAGGCGACGCUGGACCAAGCCUACGCCAAGAUCUCUCAGCUGGAGACUCAGGGAGAUGAAGAGAUGAAGAACGUGAAGACAGAACUCGCAGCAUCCAAACAGGCGCUCGCUGAGAGGGACAGAUCUAUCGCGGCUCUCAUGGAGAAGACAUCUGAACUCCAGAGGGCCGUCGACGAGAAGGUAACAAGCGAAGCCACGCUGACGCAGACGAAUGCCAACUUGCAGAACCGCCUCGCACAGCUGGAGACACACGUCCACCAGCAGCAGGAGGAAGUGCGCGCCCGAGAUGCCCGCCUCCAGGAGCACGACGCCCUCGCCGCCCAGAGGGAACAGGAGCUCCACAAGGCCGCGGCAGACCUCGCCAACCUCAGGGAGACAGUCAGCCAAAGGGAUUCGACGGUCAUGGAGCUGCAGGCCAAGUGGCAAGAAGCAGCUGAAAGCGUUUCCAGACUUCAGGAAGAGCUUCAGGUGAAGUCCACGGCAGAGCCACACCAGGAGAGAUAAAUAAAGAAGAUGGAGAUAAAAGAAAAUGUCAAGGAGACAUCGCCAAAAAAAAGAAAAAAGAAAAA